UCUUGAACUCCUGACUUCAAAUGAUGCGCCUGCCUCGGCCUCCCAAAGUGCUGGGAUUACAGGCGUGAGCCCCUGUACCUGGCCUUCAAAUUGGCUUUUAAAGAGGAUGACGAGCUGGUCUGUUCUGUCUGGGGCCUUGGGGGCCUGUUUCCCAGGAUGUGGGCCUAUAUCAGUGCUGACGAGAAAGUCUAGGCAAUCAAUGCCAAGCUGGCCACACUGCUUUUGAUUUUUUUUUAAAUUGUGGUAAAAUACACUUAACAUAAAAUUUGCCAUCUUAGUCAUUUUGGAGUGUUCAGUCCAUUCACAUCGCUGUGCAGCCAUCACCACCAUCCAUCUCUAGAACUCUUUUCAUCUUGCAAAACUGAAGCUGUGUCCCCAUAAAAUAACAACCCCGUUUCCCCUGCCCCAGCUCACCAUUCCAUGGUCUGUUCUUACGAGUCUGACUACUCGAACUUCCUUUUAUAAGUGGAAUCAACGGUAACUGUCUUUUUAUAACGGGCUGAAAUCACUGAGCGUGAUGUCCUCACAGUCCAUCCAGGUUGUACCAAGUGUCAGAAUUUCCUUCCUGUUUUCUGCUGACUCCCUGCUUUCAAAGGCCAUCUUGGACAUUCAAAUUGUGGCCAUUACUGACAGUUGAAAUGGCCCUGGCUCAUGUCUCCUGGCCCUCUACAGUACUUUAGGUGGGGACAGCACUGUGGCCCACACGUCCCCACAGGCUGCGUGUGGCACCUGACAGUGCUUCGUGCCACCAUGGAGCAGGUGUUACUCCCCCACUUCUCAGAGAGGAGGCCGGGCUCUGGAAGCCACCAGCCCACAAGGAGGCCCAGCAGGCUUCGGGCCCAGGAUGGUCUACCCCCAGCCAAAGGUGCUGACACCCUGUAGGAAGGACGUCCUUGUCGUGACCCCUUGGCUGGCUCCCAUUGUCUGGGAGGGCACGUUCAACAUCGACAUCCUCAACGAGCAGUUCAGGCUCCAGAACACCACCAUCGGGUUAACUGUGUUUGCCAUCAAAAAAUACGUGGCCUUCCUGAAGCUGUUCCUCGAGACGGCGGAGAAGCAUUUCAUGGUGGGCCACCGGGUCCACUACUACGUCUUCACCGACCAGCCGGCCGCGGUGCCGCGCGUGGCGCUGGGGACCGGUCGGCAGCUGUCGGUGCUUGGGGUGCGCGCCUAUAAGCGCUGGCAGGACGUGUCCAUGCGCCGCAUGGAGAUGAUCAGCGACUUCUGCGAGCGGCGCUUCCUCAGCGAGGUGGAUUACCUGGUGUGCGCGGACGUGGACAUGGAGUUCCGCGACCACGUGGGCGUGGAGAUCCUGACUCCGCUCUUCGGCACCCUGCACCCCGCCUUCUACGGAAGCAGCCGGGAGGCCUUCACCUACGAGCGCCGGCCCCAGUCCCAGGCCUACAUCCCCAAGGACGAGGGUGAUUUCUACUACAUGGGGGCGUUCUUCGGGGGGUCGGUGCAGGAGGUGCAGCGGCUCACCAGGGCCUGCCACCAGGCCAUGAUGGUCGACCAGGCCAACAGCAUCGAGGCCGUGUGGCACGACGAGAGCCAUCUGAACAAGUACCUGCUGCGCCACAAACCCACCAAGGUGCUCUCCCCCGAGUACCUGUGGGACCAGCAGCUGCUGGGCUGGCCCGCGGUCCUGAGGAAGCUGAGGUUCGUGGCGGUGCCCAAGAACCACCAGGCGGUCCGGAACCCGUGAGCAGCUGCCAGGGGCUCUGGGAGGGCUGCCGACAGCCCCGUCCCCCUCCUGCCGUUGGUUUUAGCAGAACGGGUAAACGCGGCUUCCUUUGUCUGUCCUGUUGCGAGUAACUGAAGCCUAGGUCUCACCCCCACCUCAAAUCACACACACCCCUUCCUCGCCACAGAGACACACAGAAAGACACACACAGACACAAAAUCACACACCCCCCCUCCCCGCCACAGAGACACACAGAAAGACACACAUGGAUACAAAAUCACACACCCCCCUCCCCGCCACAGAGACACACAGAAAGACACACACAGACACAAAAUCACACACACCCCUCCCCGCCACAGAGACAUACCAUUACAUACACAGACACACACAGACACACAAUCACACAUACCCCUCCCCACCACAGAGACACACCAUUACAUACAUACACACAGAAAGACACAGACACACAAUCACACACACCCCCUCCCUGCCACAGAGACAAACCAUUACACACACACACAGAAAGACACACAUGGACACAAUCACACACAUUCCCUCCCCACCACAGAGACACACUGUUACAUACACAGAUACACAAUCACACACACCCCCGCCACAGAGACACACCAUUACAUACACAGACACACACAAACACA